UGCUGGUGCUGACGUCAGCCGGGUUCAAAGAACAUCCGGUCUCGAGUUGACCGGGUGUCACCUGUUGUUUCAUUCAUAAAGACACGAGACUCUCCGGGUUCGAUCAUCAGUGAACAUGGCGGGCUGUCUGAAGGUUCUCAUGGCGGCAUCCAGAGGCGCAGCCGCGACUCUCACCUUAAACCCCGCCGUGAUCUCACCGGCUGCUGUCUGCCACCGCAGGAACUAUGGUACAGGGCGUAUUAAGGUGGACCAGCCGGUGGUGGAGAUGGAUGGUGAUGAGAUGACGCGCAUCAUAUGGGAGUUCAUCAAAGAAAAGCUCAUCCUGCCCAAUGUGGACGUUGAGCUCAAGUAUUAUGACCUGGGACUGCCUUUCCGAGACCAGACAGAUGACCAGGUCACCAUUGAUGCUGCACUGGCCACCAAGAAAUAUAACGUAGCUGUUAAGUGUGCCACCAUCACGCCUGAUGAGGCUAGAGUCGAGGAAUUUAAACUAAAAAAAAUGUGGAAGAGUCCUAAUGGAACUAUCAGGAAUAUUUUGGGCGGCACAGUCUUCCGUGAGCCAAUCCUCUGUAAAAACAUUCCUCGUCUGGUUCCUGGUUGGACGCAGCCCAUAACCAUAGGAAGACAUGCAUUUGGAGAUCAGUACAGAGCCACAGAUUUUGUUGUUGACCAGCCUGGAAAGUUCAAGAUGGUGUUUUGCCCGGCUGAUGGCAGCAAACAAAAAGAGUGGGAGGUGUACAACUUUCCUGCUGGUGGCUGUGGGUUGGGAAUGUACAACACAGACAAAUCCAUUGUUGGAUUUGCUCAUAGCUGCUUUCAGUAUGCCAUCCAGAAGAGAUGGCCUCUGUACAUGAGCACCAAGAACACCAUCCUAAAAGCCUACGAUGGCCACUUCAAAGAUCUCUUCCAGGAAAUCUUUGAAAGUAAGUACAAAGAAGAGUUUGACAAGCUGAAGAUCUGGUACGAGCACCGCCUCAUAGACGACAUGGUGGCUCAGGUUCUGAAGUCCUCCGGUGGAUUUGUUUGGGCCUGCAAAAACUACGACGGAGAUGUGCAGUCAGAUAUCCUGGCUCAAGGUUUUGGUUCUCUCGGUCUCAUGACAUCAGUUCUCGUGUGUCCAGACGGUAAGACUAUUGAGGCUGAGGCUGCCCACGGCACUGUCACCAGGCACUACCGGGAGCACCAGAGGGGGAGACCAACCAGCACCAACCCUGUAGCGAGCAUCUUUGCCUGGACCAGAGGACUGGAGCACAGAGGCAAACAGGAUGGAAACUCUGAUCUGAUAAACUUCUCUCGGACUUUAGAAAAAGUCUGUGUGGAAACUGUGGAAAGCGGCGUGAUGACCAAGGACCUUGCAGGAUGCAUCCAUGGUUUGGCAAACUGCAAGAUGAAUGAACAUUAUGUGAACACAUCAGACUUCUUGGAUGAGAUAAAGUUUAAUCUGGACCGAGCGCUGGGCAAAUGAAGACCAACUGCAUAACACAGAUACCAGUGUAGAGUGUCCGUCUGCAUUACUUUACUUUAUGUUUGUAUGGAAAUUUUAAUUUCAGAGGUACUAAUCUCUUUUUUUGGGGGGGUGGGGGGUGUAUAAUAUUUAUAUAUCUUUUCUCAUUUUCUGAUCUCUUUCCUGUUUGUUUUCUUUAUUACACCAUAGUCUAAUUUUGUAUGACUUCUAAUUGUAAAUGUUUAAAUGUUAACUUAAAAUGGCCAAUAUAUACAUUAUCAUUCCUUCACAUUUAAUAAGGUUAUGUGUAUAAAAUGACAUGGGUAAGUUGUGACUGAAACACUAAAUGUUUGGUGUUUGAAUUGCUUCAGAGACGCGUUGAGGUUUGGAUGUUCCGUUGGGGUGAGAUGUCAAGGCAGAACUGAGCCGUGUUGAUUUUGUCAGAAUACAAAGUUAAACUCGUUUUGUAUCAACGUUUCAAUGAAACAUCACAGAAAUGUGGUUAACUUCAGUCUGUAGAUGUUUUGUUUUGACUUCUCAAUUUUACAGAAGAGCACUAAGCUCCACCCACACAGGGCGAGAAAUGAUGCAAGUGCAGUCUUAUUUGUAAUUCAGUGUGUCUAUGACUCGCUCCAUAUGUGUAGUGUAGGGAGCCAUCGACCCUGCUCCUGGGGCCAGUUGUUCAAAAUAUUUAAUCUGGUUAAAAGUGAUCAUGAUCGGAAUUGUAAUCAGUGUCUUGCACCAGUUGGAUUACUCUGAGAGAGACUUUUCAGGAUGACCAAAUCCAGAUUAAAAGGUGUUCUGAAUGGGAUUAAAUGUUACAAUACAAAGAAUUGCAUGAAGUAACAUUUUUCAUAAAAUAAAACUUUUUUUGUUACUUUUA